AUUGGCCGGCCCUGCCAACCUCUCCAGCGCCGUGCUGACCAGUAAGGUGUCGGAGCUGGCGUGUGUCUGUGUGGGGUUGGGAAUGGCUCCACCCGAUUUCAGCUACAUAGGCAGUAGACAGGGCCGGGCAGUCGUGUGUCAGGUGAAGCUGUCCAAUGGGUUGAUGGUUCACGGUCCACAGUGCCAAUCAGAAAACGAUGCCAUGGAGAAAGCUGCCUUCUUUGCACUCCAGAGACUGAACUCAGUGGGGUCUGGCUUCCCCCUCCCUCCUCCUCUAUACCCAGGAAUGGGUCAGAUCCGACCCCCACCCUUAGGACCCAUGCCCCCCGGGGUCUUCAACCAACAAGGUGGUUUGCUGUUGCCCCAGGGUUUCGGCCCUGCCCCCCUGUGGGGAAUGCCUCUGCCUCCUCACCACCACCAGAACCAGCCGUUCUUUGGACCAGUGGGAACCUUCCCUGGUGCCGCCUGCCCCCCCCAGCCUGCAACGCUGCCCAUCGGCUCACACAACCAGUUUAUUCCGUUACAGGUGACGAAGAAGCGAGUCUCAGCCAACAAAAAGAACCAGGACACACGAGAGUUCUACAGCGCCGCCCACACUGUGUCCAGAAACCAAUCCCAGAGAUCCCAGAACCAGCCCUUCAGCCAUUCACUGGCUCAGGGGGAAUCCCACCAGUAUGCCGCCAACAGCAACCACUCCCCGGGGAGUCUCGGUCUGGGUGAAACGCCGGCAGCACCGCACACGCCCCCUCGGCAAAAUGUCCCAGCGACAGGCCUCACCCCCGGCUCCUCCUCCAAGAAGAAGCACAGAAAGCUGGCUGUCAACUUUGAGGCGGCUAAAGUCUCUGAAUGAUGAGCUGUGUGUGUGUGUGUGUGUGUGUGUCUGUGUGUUGUUUUUAAGCUGCUGUUUUAAAGCCUGACUCAGCAUCUCUGAUCAAAACCUCAUCAGUGCGAAAGUUUCUUUUCACUCAAACCUUUUUUGAAGGACAGAAUUCAGUUGACCUUUCACCUCUUCUGUUGAGAUCAGAGUUGUGUCAUGUGACCUGGUCUUUGUAGUUUUAUGUUCACUUCAGCGUGUUAGUAACAGGUCGCUGUACAGUGUGUUUAGAAGAGUGAGGUGCAUUCUGGGAUAGAUUUGUUUUUUUCUUCUUCGGGAGUAAAAGAGGUUGAUUUUAUGGAUCGAUUCCUCUUCUUAGCAGAAGUGAUUUUAAGUCUUAUAUCUUUGAAUCAGUAUAUCAGUGCUUAUUCAGCACACUUCAAUUCAAACUGUUUAUUACAGCUUUUAUUUUAUUUUUCAGCUCUGGCUUUUAAAUCCGUCAGCCAGCUGAACGUCGCACAGAUCACGGAACCCUGUUUUGUGAUAAACGUUCGCUCACUGAUCGUGUAGUUAAAUAUAAGGAUAUUCAAAAACAAUCGCCUGGUUUCAACUCGUAGAAAUAGAGAACGAGGGUUUUACUUCCUGUGGUUGUUCACUGAGCUCCAUCUGGUUGAGUGAAAUGUCUUCGUUAAAUAUGCAUUGUAGAAGAAGUCCUCUUGGUUCUACAUACUUACUACUUCCUGCUUUUCUUUCUGUAUACUUGUUGACAUACGAAGUCAUUUGGAAAACUCAUUUGACCUCAUGCGAUGCUGUCUUUUGUUUUUGUUAACUGUUAAUUACGCAUAAAAAUGGGCCUUCUAUCACAGCUGUGCUCGUACAGACUGAUCAGUAUGUGAAGCGUCUGCUCUGUGGAGUUUGGAUCAGUGGUGUUAAUCAGGCCAGGAUUGAUUUUAAUCUUUUCUUUUCCUGAUUUUAUUUCCAUCACACUUUUGACGCCUUGCUGCAGUUUUUAUACUUUCCUUUUUUUUUUUAUGGUUUGUCGACGACACGGCCAAAGUAAAGAAGUUGAAUGCACAUAAUGCAGAAUUAUCACACACACUGAUAUUGCCACUGCAGAGUCAAAUCCCACCUACAGUGUUGAAAUUGCCAGCCUUUGUUUUUAUUUGUUUAUUUUUCAUGAACUGCACCUGGUGAGGAAGUCCUUAUUUCAUUUUAUUGUUGCCGUCUACAAACUAAUCUGUGAGAUUUGUUCAGUCAUACUUCAGCCACAUUUCACAAGAAACUCCGUGUUAGAGUCCAUCAUUCACCUUUUGGGGCUUGAGGAUAAUUGGUGACCUUUACAACUUGAUCAAGUAAGCAUUGAACUACGAUACAUAUGUAAGUGUUAAAUGAGUUAUUGUGAUCGAUGUAAAUGCAGCCAAAGACUAAACAGUGCUAAUAUACUGAAACAUGCUUUUGGGACAUUCCUCCAGGUCUCUGUUGAGGACUUUCAUUUGAAAUCUGGGUUUAUCUACAUAAGAACACACACAUAGAAUUGAUCAUUUUUAAUUCUUUUUUUUUUUUCUUUUUCAAGCUAUGGAUUUUAUGGAUACCCAUUUUAUAGACGGUCUUGGGCUCUUUUGUAAUCUAAUGAUUGCGAGUAGAGCUAGUGAUUGAGGUGAAGUGUCUUUAGGCACAAUGUUGUUUUAAGACUGAGAACCGAGGACUCGAGGAGCUUUUAAAACAUUUUGGAAAUUGAAGCACACCUGUUUUUCUUUUUUUGGGAAAUGAAACAAAGUAGAGAAUUCUCAAUAUGAAGAGAUAAUGACUUGCUGUUUUGAUCCAGGAAUGUGCUGUAAAUAUCCAUUUAAUAAAGAAAAUCUUUUGUUACAGCA